UGGUACCUAAAAGACUUUACUUUCUAUAUUCAGAACUGAAAAUGUCUGAGGACAUAUCAGAUGGUGCCCCAUCUGAAGAAAAACCUGAAGUAAUGGAAAUGCCCAGCAAUGAAGUAUUGUCUCACGAAUCAGUACCACACCUCAUAGAAGCUGAGAACUUGCAUGAGUCAACAUGGACAGGUCAACAAGAUCAACAUGGACAGGUCACUCAGCAUGUCAGUAAUAGAGAGGAAGGAGACACGUUAAUUAAUGAAAACCCUUUAACUGAAAAACUUGUUGAAAGUCUGCCUUCCAGCCUGCCUUCCAGUGAAGAGACAACUGGAGACAUGCCCACUGAGUGCAUUGAGACUGUAAGCCUUGAUACAGAACCUGAAUUGGAAGAAGCACUACAUGAGCAAAGCAAUCCAGCUGCAGACUCCUCAUCUAAAGCAAGUAGAUGGGGAGCUUGGGGUACCUGGGGAAAGUCUCUCCUGUCCUCAGCUUCUGCCACAGUGGGUCAUGGGAUAACAGCAGUAAAGGAAAAAGCAGGAACUACCCUAAGAAUUCAUAGUGCAAGUUCAGCAUCUCUGGAAACAGCAGAGCCUCCUGCAGCUGAAACACCACUUACUCAAGCAGAAGAUUCUCUGGACCAAAACUCUUCUGAAAAUAUUCCUUCUUCUCCUUCAUCUGGAUCUCGUGGCAUGCUGUCAGCUAUCACUAGCGCUGUACAAAACACAGGGAAAAGUGUGUUAUCUGGAGGCUUAGAUGCUUUGGAAUUUAUUGGGAAGACAACCAUGAAUGUCCUUGCAGAAAGUGAUCCUGGAUUUAAGAGAACCAAAACACUUAUGGCAAGAACAGUCUCACUAUCUCAGCUGUUGCGAGAAGCCAAAGAAAAAGAGAAACAGAGGCGGGCCCAGCAAGUUACAGUUGAAAGAACAGCACAUUAUGGACUACUUUUUGAUGAAUUCCAAGGUUUGUCUCAUCUUGAAGCUCUGGAAAUCCUAUCAAAUGAAAGUGAAGCUCAGAUUCAGUCACAUUUAGCAACACUUGAUGGAGAACAGUUGGAGACUGUGAAAAAUGAUUUAAUUGCUAUAAAAGAGAUCUUUGUUCCAAAGGAAUUAGAAAAUGAAGUGGUGCAGGUGCAAAAAGAUAUGGGAGAAGAGUUUGUCAGCAUGCUCACAGAACUGCUGUUUGAAUUGCAUGUUGCUGCUACUCCUGACAAGCUAAAUAAGGCUAGGAAAAAAGCUCAUGAAUGGCUGGAAGAAGCCAGUUUGUCUACCCCAGUAGACAUAGAAGAGGAGCUAAAUGAAAAACCUGAAGAACCUGGUGAAGAGAAGCCUCAAAAAGACAAUAAAAUUGAGAGUGAUAAAACAGAAGUAGACAAAAGCAAAACUGUGGAGGAAAUCUACAUGCUGUCCAUUGAAAGUCUGGCUGAGGUAACUGCUCGUUGUAUUGAACAGCUUCAUAAAGUAGCAGAAUUAAUUCUACAUGGUCAGGAAGUAGAAAAAACAGCUCAAGAGCAAGCAAAAGUACUGACAAAUUUAACAAGUGCCAUGUGCAAUGAAGUUUCAUCUUUAUCAAAGAAGUUUUCUGAUUCUGUAACAGCAGCUGGGAGUAAUAUGAAGGCAGAGGUUCUUAACCCCAUCAUCAACAGUGUGUUAUUAGAGGGCUGCAACAGUACUACUUAUAUUCAGGAUGCUUUCCAGUUACUGCUUCCAGUUCUGCAAAUUUCCCAUAUUCAGACCUGUUGUUCAAAAGCCCAGGAGUUGCCAGCUUGACAGCAACCACAGACCCAAAGUCCUGAGCUGUGCCAACAGAAGAGCUGGUAAAAGAGAUAUCUGGCCACUAGAGUUCUUUGAAGACACUAAAUGCGGUUUUGCACACACAGUACUGAACAACAUUUUAAAACUCUUUCAGACUGUCAGACUUUAGAAGUAGUCAGUAAAGUAAUUUCUUUUCUGGUACAGUUCAUGCUUUCAUUAAUUUAAACAGAAGUUUAUUUGUAUAAGCAUUGACUUAAAUACAGAUUCUAAAUGUCGGCCCUUUCAUUUGUAAACAAUGCAUGAAACAAAUUGGAAUGUAAAGCUUCUUAAAACAUUUCACUUCAACUUACCAUUUAUAUUGUUUGUAUUAUAACUGCAGUUUAAAAAGUAUACUUCAGAAGCUGGUUUCAGUAUUUACUUUUUGCAAACAUGAACAAAUCAUCAUAGUGUUGAGCUUGUUAAAUAUUAUUUCCAGUAGAAAAUAAUAACAUCGUAUUAUUAUGUACCACUAACAUAACACUUUGUAUUGAAGGAAUUGCACAGCAAUAGGUAUUAACUUUACUAAAUGAAAAUUAGGUUGUGCAUAAAGAAUUAUACUGAUAAGAAAUUUUCUGAGCCAGGUAAAAUUACGGGUAUAGCUCUGUAUUUGCUGACCCAUAAGUUUAUAUCAAUUUAGGUCUAUUUCUUCAUUUCAAUGGUUACUAAAUCAUUUCAAUGAUUACUAAAGUAGUCUUUCUAAUACGCAAAGGAUAGAAAAUUUCCCUUUUGUUUGGCAAUCAAAACACCAGCUAAACAACCUUUUCUUAGAUGUGUUACCAGGUUAACACUUUGGGGUUUACUGAUACCUACAGUUCAGAAAUAGAAGUUGUAAUAAGAAGCUAUGAAAAAAUUGCUUUGGGAGUAAAGGUUAUCUGUCAGAGCAAUCACCUUUUUUCUGAGGCAAUAGUAAGGGCAUAAACCAGAAUAGGAAUGACAUUUCAUAACAACACUAGCAACCAUGCUAAUUUGUCCAUAUCUGUAGUUUAAAAUCCUGAGCUUUGGACCUAAGAACUUGUUUAGGGUAGUUUUCCUCUUCAGCAGGAAGAACCUUCUAAUAUUUUACAUGGCCUGUUCUCUUGGAUUUUUGUCAUUUAUUAUGUUUCUUUCCGUUAUUUUGUAUUUUUUUUCUCUUGGUAUA